UGAGUAAAAGACCAACGCCCAUACAGCCAAUGAGCAAAAAUCUUUUGUGAGGGCGCGCGAACUUCCCGCUGAGAAGAACUAAAAAAAAACAUUCACAAUCGUUCGUUUUCUACGUUGAUUCCAUUAUGUCCACAAGAUUAUCAGAUCCCUCACCUCCGUCUCUCCAGUACGUUUCUUAAAUUCUCUCUCUGCCUGUGUCCCUCUGAAGGUCUACUGUAUCGCUGUUUUACUUCGAAACUCGUCGGCAUUCGAACACCUCGGCAAUCUGGAAAUGUCGGUGAGUUUAUAUAAUUGUCCCGGUGGACCAUACUGAUCAAGCGAUUGCAACAGUUCCCCAGUCAGCUAUGACACCAAACUGGAUAAUCAAUGUUUCAGAUAUAAGAACAGUUGAGGUCAGCAACAUUUCACCAGCUGUUUCUGAGAGAGAAAUCAGAGAAUUCUUUUCAUUUUCUGGUGAUAUUCAAUGUGUUGAAAUGCAAAGGGAAACUGAUGGGACCCAGCUUGCUUAUGUUACAUUCAAGGAUUCACAAGGAGCAGAUACAGCAGUACUACUGUCGGGAGCUACAAUAGCUGAUCUUUCUGUGUCUAUUACACUUGUUGAGAAUUAUAAUCUACCCCCUGCAGCUAUACCACUGAGACUGGACAAAAGGCCAGUUGCCACCGGUUCUGCUGUUCAGAAGGCUGAAGAUGUGGUGAGCACCAUGCUUGCCAAGGGUUUUGUUUUGGGAAAGGAUGCCAUUAGCAAGGCUAAAGCCUUUGACGAACAGCAUCACUUGACAUCAAAUGCAUCUGCCACAGUUGCUUCCAUUGAUCGUAAAAUGGGCCUGAGUGAGAAGCUAAGCAUUGGAACAGCUAUAGUCAAUGAAAAGGUGAGAGAGAUGGAUGAGCGGUUCCACGUAUCUGAGAAGACCAAGUCUGCCUUUUCUACUGCUGAACUGAAGGCAAUCAGUGCAGGAUCUGCAAUUAUGAGCAAUCAUUAUGUAUUAACCGGAGCUUCAUGGGUUUCAAAUGCAUAUAAUGCCGUUGCAAUGGCAGCUGAUGAUGUGACCAUGAUGACCAAGGAAAAGGUUGGAAAGGCCGAGGAGGAUAAAAGAGAGAUCAUUUACAGGGAAAGGACAGGGAUCAUCAAUCACUUUGCCCAUCUCCACCUUGAUGAGUCUUCUGCUUUGGAGCCUCCAAUAGUUCCAGUCAGCUCAGCCGAUGAUAGCAAGCUUGAAAUCAUAUGACUUAGGUGGAUUUUUUUCUACUCCAGUAUAGUUGAACUAUCUUUUUAAUUUGACGCGGAAUGUGCUUCAUCGCAAAGAUUCUAUGACAUGGAUUUUGCUUGUGCAACAGUAAAUAACAUUAAUAUUGCUCUAGCGACUUGAAAGUCUGGCUGAUUUCUUAAGCUUCCAUUUAACUCAAUUCUACGUAAAAAAAUGUACAGCUACCUCGGAGAGCUAACCUCAAUAAGUGUUUUUUGUGCUUGGAGAUGAAUUUGUCAUUUUUGUUUUCUGUUUCUUGUUUUUGUUUUUAUUGAUCAUUAUCUCAUCUAUUAUAACGGGCCCAAAACUAUUAUGAUGGAUUAAUAAUGAUUAAGAAUAGUAGUAAAAA